AUGUCUCUACGCACCGCGCUGCUGGGGAACGAGAGGGAGCGGGCCGGUCAGGAGAGGGCCGGUCAGGAGAGGGCCGGUCAGGAGAGGGCCGGUCAGGAGAGGGCCGGUCAGGAGAGGGUUGGUCAGGAGAGGGCCGGUCAGGAGAGGGUUGGUCAGGAGAGGGCCGGUCAGGAGAGGGUUGGUCAGGAGAGGGCCGGUCAGGAGAGGGCCGGUCAGGAGAGGGCCGGUCAGGAGAGGGUUGGUCAGGAGAGGGCCGGUCAGGAGAGGGCCGGUCAGGAGAGGGCCGGUCAGGAGAGGGCCGGUCAGGAGCGGGCCGGUCAGGAGAGGGCCGGUCAGGAGAGGGCCGGUCAGGAGAGGGCCGGUCAGGAGAGGGUUGGUCAGGAGAGGGCCGGUCAGGAGAGGGUUGGUCAGGAGAGGGCCGGUCAGGAGAGGGCCGGUCAGGAGAGGGCCGGUCAGGAGAGGGUUGGUCAGGAGAGGGUUGGUCAGGAGAGGGUUGGUCAGGAGAGGGCCGGUCAGGAGAGGGUUGGUCAGGAGAGGGCCGGUCAGGAGAGGGCCGGUCAGGAGAGGGCCGGUCAGGAGAGGGUUGGUCAGGAGAGGGCCGGUCAGGAGAGGGUUGGUCAGGAGAGGGCCGGUCAGGAGAGGGCCGGUCAGGAGAGGGUUGGUCAGGAGAGGGCCGGUCAGGAGAGGGCCGGUCAGGAGAGGGCCGGUCAGGAGAGGGUUGGUCAGGAGAGGGCCGGUCAGGAGAGGGCCGGUCAGGAGAGGGUUGGUCAGGAGAGGGCCGGUCAGGAGAGGGCCGGUCAGGAGAGGGUUGGUCAGGAGAGGGCCGGUCAGGAGAGGGUUGGUCAGGAGAGGGCCGGUCAGGAGAGGGUUGGUCAGGAGAGGGCCGGUCAGGAGAGGGUUGGUCAGGAGAGGGUUGGUCAGGAGAGGGCCGGUCAGGAGAGGGCCGGUCAGGAGAGGGCCGGUCAGGAGAGGGUUGGUCAGGAGAGGGCCGGUCAGGAGAGGGCCGGUCAGGAGAGGGUUGGUCAGGAGAGGGCCGGUCAGGAGAGGGCCGGUCAGGAGAGGGCCGGUCAGGAGAGGGCCGGUCAGGAGAGGGCCGGUCAGGAGAGGGUUGGUCAGGAGAGGGCCGGUCAGGAGAGGGCCGGUCAGGAGAGGGCCGGUCAGGAGAGGGCCGGUCAGGAGCGGGCCGGUCAGGAGAGGGCCGGUCAGGAGAGGGCCGGUCAGGAGAGGGCCGGUCAGGAGAGGGUUGGUCAGGAGAGGGCCGGUCAGGAGAGGGUUGGUCAGGAGAGGGCCGGUCAGGAGAGGGCCGGUCAGGAGAGGGCCGGUCAGGAGAGGGUUGGUCAGGAGAGGGUUGGUCAGGAGAGGGUUGGUCAGGAGAGGGCCGGUCAGGAGAGGGUUGGUCAGGAGAGGGCCGGUCAGGAGAGGGCCGGUCAGGAGAGGGCCGGUCAGGAGAGGGUUGGUCAGGAGAGGGCCGGUCAGGAGAGGGUUGGUCAGGAGAGGGCCGGUCAGGAGAGGGCCGGUCAGGAGAGGGUUGGUCAGGAGAGGGCCGGUCAGGAGAGGGCCGGUCAGGAGAGGGCCGGUCAGGAGAGGGUUGGUCAGGAGAGGGCCGGUCAGGAGAGGGCCGGUCAGGAGAGGGUUGGUCAGGAGAGGGCCGGUCAGGAGAGGGCCGGUCAGGAGAGGGUUGGUCAGGAGAGGGCCGGUCAGGAGAGGGCCGGUCAGGAGAGGGUUGGUCAGGAGAGGGCCGGUCAGGAGAGGGUUGGUCAGGAGAGGGCCGGUCAGGAGAGGGUUGGUCAGGAGAGGGUUGGUCAGGAGAGGGCCGGUCAGGAGAGGGUUGGUCAGGAGAGGGCCGGUCAGGAGAGGGUUGGUCAGGAGAGGGCCGGUCAGGAGAGGGCCGGUCAGGAGAGGGUUGGUCAGGAGAGGGCCGGUCAGGAGAGGGCCGGUCAGGAGAGGGCCGGUCAGGAGAGGGUUGGUCAGGAGAGGGCCGGUCAGGAGAGGGUUGGUCAGGAGCGGGCCGGUCAGGAGAGGGCCGGUCAGGAGAGGGCCGGUCAGGAGAGGGCCGGUCAGGAGAGGGCCGGUCAGGAGAGGGUUGGUCAGGAGCGGGUUGGUCAGGAGAGGAUUGGUCAGGAGAGGGCCGGUCAGGAGAGGGCCGGUCAGGAGAGGGCCGGUCAGGAGACGGCCGGUCAGGAGAGGGCCGGUCAGGAGAGGGCCGGUCAGGAGAGGGUUGGUCAGGAGAGGGCCGGUCAGGAGAGGGCCGGUCAGGAGAGGGCCGGUCAGGAGAGGGCCGGUCAGGAGCGGGUUGGUCAGGAGAGGGUUGGUCAGGAGAGGGCCGGUCAGGAGAGGGUUGGUCAGGAGAGGGUUGGUCAGGAGAGGGUUGGUCAGGAGAGGGUUGGUCAGGAGAGGGCCGGUCAGGAGAGGGCCGGUCAGGAGAGGGCCGGUCAGGAGAGGGUUGGUCAGGAGAGGGUUGGUCAGGAGCGGGCCGGUCAGGAGAGGGUUGGUCAGGAGCGCGUUGGUCAGGAGAGGGCCGGUCAGGAGAGGGCCGGUCAGGAGAGGGUUGGUCAGGAGCGCGUUGGUCAGGAGAGGGCCGGUCAGGAGAGGGCCGGUCAGGAGUGGGUUGGUCAGGAGAGGGCCGGUCAGGAGAGGGCCGGUCAGGAGAGGGUUGGUCAGGAGAGGGCCGGUCAGGAGAGGGUUGGUCAGGAGAGGGUUGGUCAGGAGAGGGUUGGUCAGGAGAGGGUUGGUCAGGAGAGGGUUGGUCAGGAGAGGGUUGGUCAGGAGCGAUUUGGUCAGGAGCGGGUUGGUCAGGAGAGGGUUGGUCAGGAGAGGGUUGGUCAGGAGAGGGUUGGUCAGGAGCGGGUUGGUCAGGAGCGGGUUGGUCAGGAGCGCGUUGGUCAGGAGAGGGUUGGUCAGGAGAGGGUUGGUCAGGAGCGGGCCGGUCAGGAGAGGGUUGGUCAGGAGCGCGUUGGUCAGGAGAGGGUUGGUCAGGAGCGGGUUGGUCAGGAGAGGGUUGGUCAGGAGAGGGCCGGUCAGGAGAGGGCCGGUCAGGAGAGGGUUGGUCAGGAGAGGGUUGGUCAGGAGAGGGUUGGUCAGGAGAGGGUUGGUCAGGAGAGGGUUGGUCAGGAGAGGGUUGGUCAGGAGCGGGCCGGUCAGGAGAGGGUUGGUCAGGAGCGCGUUGGUCAGGAGAGGGCCGGUCAGGAGAGGGCCGGUCAGGAGCGGGUUGGUCAGGAGAGGGUUGGUCAGGAGAGGGCCGGUCAGGAGAGGGCCGGUCAGGAGAGGGUUGGUCAGGAGAGGGCCGGUCAGGAGAGGGCCGGUCAGGAGAGGGUUGGUCAGGAGAGGGCCGGUCAGGAGAGGGCCGGUCAGGAGAGGGUUGGUCAGGAGAGGGCCGGUCAGGAGAGGGCCGGUCAGGAGAGGGCCGGUCAGGAGAGGGUUGGUCAGGAGAGGGCCGGUCAGGAGAGGGUUGGUCAGGAGAGGGCCGGUCAGGAGAGGGCCGGUCAGGAGAGGGUUGGUCAGGAGAGGGCCGGUCAGGAGAGGGUUGGUCAGGAGAGGGUUGGUCAGGAGAGGGCCGGUCAGGAGAGGGUUGGUCAGGAGAGGGCCGGUCAGGAGAGGGCCGGUCAGGAGAGGGUUGGUCAGGAGAGGGCCGGUCAGGAGAGGGUUGGUCAGGAGAGGGCCGGUCAGGAGAGGGCCGGUCAGGAGAGGGCCGGUCAGGAGAGAGUUGGAGAGGGCGGUCAGGAGAGGGUUGGUCAGGAGAGGGUUGGUCAGGAGAGGGUUGGUCAGGAGAGGGUUGGUCAGGAGAGGGUUGGUCAGGAGAGGGCCGGUCAGGAGAGGGUUGGUCAGGAGAGGGCCGGUCAGGAGAGGGUUGGUCAGGAGAGGGCCGGUCAGGAGAGGGCCGGUCAGGAGAGGGCCGGUCAGGAGAGGGUUGGUCAGGAGAGGGCCGGUCAGGAGAGGGUUGGUCAGGAGAGGGCCGGUCAGGAGAGGGCCGGUCAGGAGAGGGUUGGUCAGGAGAGGGCCGGUCAGGAGAGGGCCGGUCAGGAGAGGGUUGGUCAGGAGAGGGCCGGUCAGGAGAGGGCCGGUCAGGAGAGGGUUGGUCAGGAGAGGGCCGGUCAGGAGAGGGCCGGUCAGGAGAGGGUUGGUCAGGAGAGGGCCGGUCAGGAGAGGGUUGGUCAGGAGAGGGCCGGUCAGGAGAGGGCCGGUCAGGAGAGGGUUGGUCAGGAGAGGGCCGGUCAGGAGAGGGUUGGUCAGGAGAGGGUUGGUCAGGAGAGGGCCGGUCAGGAGAGGGUUGGUCAGGAGAGGGCCGGUCAGGAGAGGGCCGGUCAGGAGAGGGCCGGUCAGGAGAGGGCCGGUCAGGAGAGGGCCGGUCAGGAGAGGGUUGGUCAGGAGAGGGCCGGUCAGGAGAGGGCCGGUCAGGAGAGGGUUGGUCAGGAGAGGGCCGGUCAGGAGAGGGCCGGUCAGGAGAGGGCCGGUCAGGAGAGGGCCGGUCAGGAGAGGGUUGGUCAGGAGCGGGCCGGUCAGGAGAGGGCCGGUCAGGAGAGGGCCGGUCAGGAGAGGGCCGGUCAGGAGAGGAUUGGUCAGGAGAGGGUUGGUCAGGAGAGGGUUGGUCAGGAGAGGGUUGGUCAGGAGAGGGCCGGUCAGGAGAGGGUUGGUCAGGAGCGGGCCGGUCAGGAGAGGGCCGGUCAGGAGAGGGCCGGUCAGGAGAGGGCCGGUCAGGAGAGGGUUGGUCAGGGAGGGCCGGAGAGGGUUGGUCAGGAGAGGGUUGGUCAGGAGAGGGUUGGUCAGGAGAGGGCCGGUCAGGAGAGGGCCGGUCAGGAGAGGGCCGGUCAGGAGAGGGUUGGUCAGGAGAGGGUUGGUCAGGAGAGGGCCGGUCAGGAGAGGGCCGGUCAGGAGAGGGCCGGUCAGGAGAGGGCCGGUCAGGAGAGGGUUGGUCAGGAGAGGGUUGGUCAGGAGCGGGUUGGUCAGGAGAGGAUUGGUCAGGAGAGGGCCGGUCAGGAGAGGGCCGGUCAGGAGAGGGCCGGUCAGGAGAGGGCCGGUCAGGAGAGGGUUGGUCAGGAGAGGGCCGGUCAGGAGAGGGCCGGUCAGGAGAGGGCCGGUCAGGAGAGGGCCGGUCAGGAGCGGGUUGGUCAGGAGAGGGUUGGUCAGGAGCGGGUUGGUCAGGAGAGGGCCGGUCAGGAGAGGGUUGGUCAGGAGAGGGCCGGUCAGGAGAGGGUUGGUCAGGAGCGCGUUGGUCAGGAGAGGGCCGGUCAGGAGAGGGUUGGUCAGGAGAGGGCCGGUCAGGAGAGGGUUGGUCAGGAGAGGGCCGGUCAGGAGAGGGUUGGUCAGGAGAGGGUUGGUCAGGAGCGGGUUGGUCAGGAGCGGGUUGGUCAGGAGCGGGCCGGUCAGGAGCGGGUUGGUCAGGAGAGGGUUGGUCAGGAGCGGGUUGGUCAGGAGCGGGUUGGUCAGGAGCGGGCCGGUCAGGAGCGGGUUGGUCAGGAGCGCGUUGGUCAGGAGAGGGUUGGUCAGGAGAGGGUUGGUCAGGAGAGGGCCGGUCAGGAGCGGGUUGGUCAGGAGCGCGUUGGUCAGGAGAGGGCCGGUCAGGAGAGGGUUGGUCAGGAGAGGGUUGGUCAGGAGAGGGUUGGUCAGGAGAGGGUUGGUCAGGAGAGGGUUGGUCAGGAGCGGGUUGGUCAGGAGAGGGCCGGUCAGGAGAGGGUUGGUCAGGAGAGGGUUGGUCAGGAGAGGGUUGGUCAGGAGAGGGUUGGUCAGGAGAGGGUUGGUCAGGAGCGGGUUGGUCAGGAGAGGGCCGGUCAGGAGAGGGUUGGUCAGGAGAGGGUUGGUCAGGAGAGGGUUGGUCAGGAGAGGGUUGGUCAGGAGCGGGUUGGUCAGGAGAGGGCCGGUCAGGAGAGGGUUGGUCAGGAGCGGGUUGGUCAGGAGCGCGUUGGUCAGGAGAGGGUUGGUCAGGAGCGCGUUGGUCAGGAGAGGGCCGGUCAGGAGCGGGUUGGUCAGGAGCGGGUUGGUCAGGAGAGGGCCGGUCAGGAGAGGGUUGGUCAGGAGAGGGUUGGUCAGGAGCGGGUUGGUCAGGAGCGGGUUGGUCAGGAGCGCGUUGGUCAGGAGAGGGUUGGUCAGGAGAGGGUUGGUCAGGAGAGGGCCGGUCAGGAGAGGGUUGGUCAGGAGAGGGUUGGUCAGGAGCGGGUUGGUCAGGAGAGGGUUGGUCAGGAGAGGGCCGGUCAGGAGAGGGUUGGUCAGGAGAGGGCCGGUCAGGAGAGGGUUGGUCAGGAGAGGGUUGGUCAGGAGAGGGUUGGUCAGGAGAGGGCCGGUCAGGAGAGGGUUGGUCAGGAGAGGGCCGGUCAGGAGAGGGUUGGUCAGGAGAGGGCCGGUCAGGAGAGGGUUGGUCAGGAGAGGGUUGGUCAGGAGAGGGCCGGUCAGGAGAGGGUUGGUCAGGAGAGGGCCGGUCAGGAGAGGGUUGGUCAGGAGAGGGCCGGUCAGGAGAGGGCCGGUCAGGAGAGGGUUGGUCAGGAGCGGGCCGGUCAGGAGAGGGCCGGUCAGGAGAGGGCCGGUCAGGAGAGGGCCGGUCAGGAGAGGGUUGGUCAGGAGAGGGCCGGUCAGGAGAGGGCCGGUCAGGAGAGGGCCGGUCAGGAGAGGGCCGGUCAGGAGAGGGCCGGUCAGGAGAGGGUUGGUCAGGAGAGGGCCGGUCAGGAGAGGGCCGGUCAGGAGAGGGCCGGUCAGGAGAGGGCCGGUCAGGAGAGGACCGGUCAGGAGAGGGCCGGUCAGGAGAGGGCCGGUCAGGAGAGGGUUGGUCAGGAGCGGGUUGGUCAGGAGCGGGUUGGUCAGGAGAGGAUUGGUCAGGAGAGGGCCGGUCAGGAGAGGGCCGGUCAGGAGAGGGCCGGUCAGGAGAGGGUUGGUCAGGAGAGGGCCGGUCAGGAGAGGGCCGGUCAGGAGAGGGCCGGUCAGGAGCGGGUUGGUCAGGAGAGGGUUGGUCAGGAGCGGGUUGGUCAGGAGAGGCCCGGUCAGGAGAGGGCCGGUCAGGAGAGGGUUGGUCAGGAGAGGGUUGGUCAGGAGAGGGUUGGUCAGGAGAGGGUUGGUCAGGAGAGGGUUGGUCAGGAGAGGGCCGGUCAGGAGAGGGUUGGUCAGGAGAGGGUUGGUCAGGAGAGGGUUGGUCAGGAGAGGGUUGGUCAGGAGAGGGCCGGUCAGGAGAGGGUUGGUCAGGAGAGGGUUGGUCAGGAGCGGGUUGGUCAGGAGAGGGCCGGUCAGGAGAGGGUUGGUCAGGAGAGGGUUGGUCAGGAGAGGGUUGGUCAGGAGAGGGUUGGUCAGGAGAGGGUUGGUCAGGAGAGGGCCGGUCAGGAGAGGGUUGGUCAGGAGAGGGUUGGUCAGGAGAGGGUUGGUCAGGAGAGGGUUGGUCAGGAGAGGGCCGGUCAGGAGAGGGUCGGUCAGGAGAGGGUUGGUCAGGAGCGGGUUGGUCAGGAGAGGGUUGGUCAGGAGCGGGUUGGUCAGGAGCGGGUUGGUCAGGAGAGGGUUGGUCAGGAGAGGGUUGGUCAGGAGAGGGUUGGUCAGGAGAGGGCCGGUCAGGAGAGGGUUGGUCAGGAGAGGGUUGGUCAGGAGAGGGUUGGUCAGGAGAGGGUUGGUCAGGAGAGGGUUGGUCAGGAGAGGGCCGGUCAGGAGAGGGUUGGUCAGGAGAGGGUUGGUCAGGAGCGGGUUGGUCAGGAGCGCGUUGGUCAGGAGAGGGUUGGUCAGGAGCGCGUUGGUCAGGAGAGGGCCGGUCAGGAGCGGGUUGGUCAGGAGCGGGUUGGUCAGGAGAGGGCCGGUCAGGAGAGGGUUGGUCAGGAGAGGGUUGGUCAGGAGCGGGUUGGUCAGGAGCGCGUUGGUCAGGAGAGGGUUGGUCAGGAGAGGGUUGGUCAGGAGAGGGCCGGUCAGGAGAGGGUUGGUCAGGAGAGGGUUGGUCAGGAGCGGGUUGGUCAGGAGAGGGUUGGUCAGGAGAGAGUUGGUCAGGAGAGGGCCGGUCAGGAGAGGGCCGGUCAGGAGAGGGUUGGUCAGGAGAGGGUUGGUCAGGAGAGGGCCGGUCAGGAGAGGGUUGGUCAGGAGAGGGUUGGUCAGGAGCGGGUUGGUCAGGAGCGGGUUGGUCAGGAGAGGGCCGGUCAGGAGAGGGUUGGUCAGGAGAGGGCCGGUCAGGAGAGGGCCGGUCAGGAGAGGGUUGGUCAGGAGAGGGUUGGUCAGGAGAGGGCCGGUCAGGAGAGGGUUGGUCAGGAGAGGGUUGGUCAGGAGAGGGUUGGUCAGGAGCGGGUUGGUCAGGAGAGGGUUGGUCAGGAGCGCGUUGGUCAGGAGAGGGUUGGUCAGGAGAGGGUUGGUCAGGAGCGGGUUGGUCAGGAGCGGGUUGGUCAGGAGAGGGUUGGUCAGGAGAGGGUUGGUCAGGAGAGGGUUGGUCAGGAGAGGGCCGGUCAGGAGAGGGUUGGUCAGGAGAGGGUUGGUCAGGAGAGGGUUGGUCAGGAGAGGGUUGGUCAGGAGAGGGUUGGUCAGGAGAGGGUUGGUCAGGAGAGGGCCGGUCAGGAGAGGGUUGGUCAGGAGAGGGUUGGUCAGGAGCGGGUUGGUCAGGAGAGGGUUGGUCAGGAGCGGGUUGGUCAGGAGAGGGUUGGUCAGGAGAGGGCCGGUCAGGAGAGGGUUGGUCAGGAGAGGGUUGGUCAGGAGCGGGUUGGUCAGGAGAGGGCCGGUCAGGAGAGGGUUGGUCAGGAGCGGGUUGGUCAGGAGAGGGUUGGUCAGGAGAGGGUUGGUCAGGAGAGGGCCGGUCAGGAGAGGGUUGGUCAGGAGAGGGUUGGUCAGGAGCGGGUUGGUCAGGAGAGGGCCGGUCAGGAGAGGGUUGGUCAGGAGAGGGUUGGUCAGGAGAGGGCCGGUCAGGAGCGGGUUGGUCAGGAGCGAUUUGGUCAGGAGCGGGUUGGUCAGGAGAGGGCCGGUCAGGAGAGGGUUGGUCAGGAGCGGGUUGGUCAGGAGCGCGUUGGUCAGGAGAGGGUUGGUCAGGAGCGCGUUGGUCAGGAGAGGGUUGGUCAGGAGAGGGCCGGUCAGGAGCGGGUUGGUCAGGAGCGGGUUGGUCAGGAGCGGGUUGGUCAGGAGCGCGUUGGUCAGGAGAGGGUUGGUCAGGAGAGGGCCGGUCAGGAGAGGGUUGGUCAGGAGAGGGUUGGUCAGGAGAGGGUUGGUCAGGAGCGGGUUGGUCAGGAGCGGGUUGGUCAGGAGAGGGUUGGUCAGGAGAGGGUUGGUCAGGAGAGGGUUGGUCAGGAGAGGGCCGGUCAGGAGAGGGCCGGUCAGGAGAGGGUUGGUCAGGAGAGGGCCGGUCAGGAGAGGGUUGGUCAGGAGCGGGUUGGUCAGGAGCGGGUUGGUCAGGAGAGGGCCGGUCAGGAGAGGGUUGGUCAGGAGAGGGUUGGUCAGGAGCGGGUUGGUCAGGAGCGGGUUGGUCAGGAGCGCGUUGGUCAGGAGAGGGUUGGUCAGGAGAGGGUUGGUCAGGAGAGGGCCGGUCAGGAGAGGGUUGGUCAGGAGAGGGUUGGUCAGGAGCGGGUUGGUCAGGAGAGGGUUGGUCAGGAGAGGGUUGGUCAGGAGAGGGUUGGUCAGGAGAGGGCCGGUCAGGAGAGGGCCGGUCAGGAGAGGGUUGGUCAGGAGAGGGUUGGUCAGGAGAGGGUUGGUCAGGAGAGGGCCGGUCAGGAGAGGGUUGGUCAGGAGAGGGCCGGUCAGGAGAGGGUUGGUCAGGAGAGGGUUGGUCAGGAGAGGGUUGGUCAGGAGCGGGUUGGUCAGGAGAGGGCCGGUCAGGAGAGGGUUGGUCAGGAGAGGGCCGGUCAGGAGAGGGUUGGUCAGGAGAGGGCCGGUCAGGAGAGGGUUGGUCAGGAGCGGGUUGGUCAGGAGCGGGCCGGUCAGGAGCGGGUUGGUCAGGAGCGCGUUGGUCAGGAGAGGGUUGGUCAGGAGAGGGUUGGUCAGGAGAGGGUUGGUCAGGAGCGGGUUGGUCAGGAGAGGGCCGGUCAGGAGAGGGUUGGUCAGGAGAGGGUUGGUCAGGAGAGGGUUGGUCAGGAGAGGGUUGGUCAGGAGAGGGUUGGUCAGGAGAGGGUUGGUCAGGAGAGGGUUGGUCAGGAGAGGGUUGGUCAGGAGCGGGUUGUUGCACUUUUUGGCUCCUGCUUCUGGUCCUGUCUCUGGCUCCUGCCUCUGGCUCCUCCCCUCUGGCUCCUCCCCUCUGGCCCCUCCCCUCUGGCUCCUCCCCUCUGGCUCCUCCCCUCUGGCCCCUCCCCUCUGGCUCCUGCCCUCUGGCUCCUCCCCUCGGGCUCCUCCGCUCUAGCUCCUAACCUCUGGCUCCUCCCCUCUGGCUCCUCCCCUCUGGCUCCUCCCCUCUGGCCCGUCCCCUCUGGCCCCUCCCCUCUGGCUCCUGCCCUUUGGCUUCUCCUUCCCCUCGUUCUGGGCUCUUCCCCUGUUGACACACCCAUUGUUUUACUCCAGUUGGUUUCAGUAUCAGCGUCCCUGUCCGGCGGCCAGUCGGAUAAAGCCAGUGCAUGGUCCAGCCGCUCUCUCGGGGCUCGCUGUCGAAACUCCAUUGCUGUGUGUUCAGACGAGCAGCCCCACAUAGGCAACUAUCGCCUCCUUAAGACCAUCGGCAAGGGCAACUUUGCCAAAGUCAAGCUGGCCCGCCACAUCCUCACCGGCAAAGAGUAA